CUUUCUUGGAAAACCCUGCCACCCCCAUCCUCUUCCUUUAUAUACUCUCCCACUUCUCUCUUUCCCCACCAACAAACAUACCCUUUCACUCAAUCACUCAUCAUCAUCUCUCUCUCUCUCUCUCUCUCUCUCUCUCCUCCAAAUUGUCAAUGGCUUCCCAGCAAACCCCACAAUCCAGUUUCCAAGAUUUGUUACCCACCAUGGCCGACAAGCUUGGUGGGGACGGUUUAAUAGGCGAGCUCUGUAAUGGAUUCAAUUUGUUAAUGGAUUCCAACAAGGGGGUCAUCACCUUCGAGAGUCUCAAGAGGAACUCUGCUCUUCUGGGGUUGCAGGAUCUGAGCGACGACGAUCUACGGUCCAUGUUGGACGAAGGUGAUUUCGACGGCGAUGGCGCUCUCAAUCAGAUGGAGUUCUGCGUUCUCAUGUUUAGAUUGAGUCCUGAGCUUAUGGACGAGUCCAAACUCUGGCUUGAAGACGCUCUUCAACAGGAGUUUAAACAUUGUUAUUGAUUUUGGGUUUUUAUUCUUUUAGACAUAAAUACUGAUUUCUGAUUUGGGUUUUUUGUAUUUUUAUUUUCGGUGAUUGUUAUUGUCCCUAUGGAAUUACUGGGAAACAAAAAUACAGAAAUGCAAUUGACAGUUGACACA